AAGAGAGGGGGGAGAGAGAGAUAGAGAGAGAGGGAGGAGAGAAGGCAAGGAAGAGAGGGAAUUGAGAAUUAAAUCAGGCAGUACUAACCAUGUACCAUGUGUCUCUGAAGCUGGUCUUCUCCUUUUGCCCUCUCAGGACAUGCUGAAGAACACCUCCAAAGGCCACCCUGACAGGUUGUCCCUCCAGUUGGCCCUCACAGAGUUGGAGACACUGGCUGAGAAACUGAAUGAGCAGAAGCGGCUGGCUGACCAGAUGGCUGAGAUCCAGCAGCUGACCAAGAGUGUGAGUGACCGGAGCAGCCUCAACAAGCUGCUGACGUCGGGCCAGAGGCAGCUGCUGCUGUGUGAGACCCUGACCGAGACGGUGUAUGGCGACCGGGGGCAGCUCAUCAAAUCCAAGGAGCGAAAGGUUUUCCUGCUCAAUGACAUGCUGGUGUGUGCCAACAUCAACUUCAAGCCUGUCAACCACAGGGGGCAGCUAGAGAUCAGCAGCCUGGUCCCUCUGGGCCCCAAGUACGUAGUGAAGUGGAAUACGGCCCUGCCCCAGGUGCAAGUGGUAGAAGUGGGCCAGGAGGGCGGCACCUAUGACAAGGACAAUGUCGUGAUUCAGAAUGCCGGGGCCAAGAAGUCUUCUCCGGCCAGCCAGGCCCACAACAAGGUGUACCUUGGUCCCCCUCGACUCUUCCAGGAGCUGCAGGACUUACAGAAGGACCUGGCUGUGGUUGAGCAGAUCACCCUGCUUAUCAGCACCCUCCAUGGCACCUAUCAGAAUUUGAACAUGACGGUGGCUCAGGAUUGGUGCCUGGCCCUACAAAGGCUGAUGCGGGUGAAGGAAGAGGAAAUCCACUCUGCUAAUAAGUGUCGUCUCCGUCUCCUGCUCCCUGGAAAGCCAGAUAAGUCUGGCCGGCCCAUCAGCUUCAUGGUGGUUUUUAUCACACCCAACCCUCUGAGCAAGAUCUCCUGGGUGAACAGACUACACUUGGCCAAAAUUGGGCUCCGGGAAGAGAACCAACCUGGAUGGCUAAGCCCUGAUGAGGACAAGAAGAACAAAGCCCCCUUCUGGUGUCCAAUCUUGGCCUGCUGCAUCCCUGCCUUCUCCUCACGUACACUUAGCCUUCAGCUCAGGUCCCUGAUCCACAGUCCAGUCCACUCCCCUCUCCUAGGCUUCUCGGCAGUCAGCACAUCCCUCCCUCAGGGCUACCUCUGGGUUGCUGGUGGCCAGGAUGGUGCUGGUGGCCAGGUGGAGAUCUUCUCACUGAAUCGGCCCACGCCUAGAAUGGUCAAGUCCUUCUCUGUGGCCUCACCAGUGCUCUGCAUGGAAUACAUUCCAGAGAAGAAUGAGGAGGAUGAGGACCAAGAAUCAGGCAGGGCAGCCACGGACUCCUCAUCUACUGUACAUCCAACCAUCUGCCUUGGGCUUCAGGAUGGAAGCAUCCUAGUGUAUGGCAGCGUGGACACAGGUACUCAGUGCUUGGUCACUUGUAAGAGCCCAGGGUUGCAGCCUGUCCUGUGCCUCUGCUACAGCCCCCACUACCUCUUUGCUGGUCUGCAGGAUGGGAACGUCGCUGCCUACCCCCAGAGCAGUGGCGAUUUCUGGGGCGCUCCAUGGCCCGGGCACAGCGCCUGCCCUCGCCUCCUGCGGACCAUCCUCUCUGCUCCAGCCAAGAGGAGAACCCUGGCUUAA